AUGGUGCUGUUGGGAGGAAUAGUAGGCGAAGAGGAGUGGGCGGUUUGGUUUGUGAUUGCCAUGGCGAGUUUUGUUAGGGUUUUGCGGUUGCUGGCUAGGAUGGUUCCGACAAUUUGGGAACUGAGCUGGCGGCUAUUCAUAGCGGGCUACUUUUGGCAUCUGCUAAAGGAAUGGUUAUUUGACUGUUGCUUCUGA